UUUUAAAAGCUGAAGAGAGAGAAAACGGGCAGAUCUCUUUCUGAUCUGAUGCAGUAUGUGUGCGGAGUGAAGAAAUUGGUAAGGCGAUGAGAGUGUGCAGCGGGUGGCGCCGUUUCUGCAUCUUUCUACCUCUUAUUUUCAUUCUUCCUCACUUCUUCUCCGUUAAGGAAUUGCAUCAUAACUCAGCUGUGGAAGAUUUGCCCAGGAAGAAAGAAAGCAACAAAUCCAAAUCCAACCACUUGGUUCUUGGCCCUGCUGCUGGCCAAGGCUUGAGCAAUCGCCUCCAAUGUCAUGGAUCUGGCAAUGGCAUCAAAGCUCUCAACCACACCACCCAUUCUUCCCGUGCCUCCGCUGCGGUUGAUAGCAUUGCUGUUGUCACUGUCUUCACCAUAUACAAUUCUUCCACCUCCAAUAGGCACGUCGAAGAUCAAUUCUCAAACUCGGUUACAGUUGGGAAUGCUUCUUAUACUAAAUUCGAGAGAUCCAUGGCCGUCUUGAAUGUCUUUAUUAACUUCAUUCAGCUGGCUAUGCCCCGGAGCGGUGUAGUCAUUCUAACAGACCCGGCAGCUGAUCUUUCAAUACGCAGAAACAAGGUCACUGUAUAUCCAAUUCAAGGUGAAUAUUCACGAGACAAGUUGAUGCUUCAGAGAAUCAGGUCUUACAUUGCCUUCCUAGAAUCUAGGAUGGAGGAGCUUCCUCAGAAUCAGAAGCAUACUCAUUACAUCUUCACCGACUCAGAUAUCACUGUUGUUGAUGAUCUAGGACACAUAUUUAGUGAAUAUCCGAAUUUUCAUCUGGCACUUACGUUUCGCAAUAACAAAGCACAACCUCUGAAUUCAGGAUUUAUAGCAGUGAGGGGCACCGCUGAGGGAAUUUUAAGGGCAAAGAUUUUUCUACAAAAAGUACUAAAAGUUUAUCAAACAAGGUACAUGAGGGCUUCUAGAAUGCUUGGGGAUCAAUUAGCUCUUGCCUGGGUAGUGACGUCGCACCCAUCUUUCGAUGCAAAGAAAUUUACAAAAGCCAAAGCUUUCGUAGAUGAUAUUCGCGGUGCUUCCGUGUUGUUUUUACCCUGUGCUGUGUACAACUGGACACCACCAGAAGGCGCUGGCCAAUUUCAUGGCAUGCCCUUGGAUGUAAAGGUUGUUCAUUUCAAAGGAUCAAGGAAACGCCUGAUGCUCGAGUCUUGGAACUUCUACAGUUCCGUUUCCAACAUUCCAGAUAUGUUGUGCCUGAUAUUAAAGAGUGGGAGAACAAAGUACGACUUUUGAAUAACUCAAGCUGGUUUAGCUUAGCAUAUGAAUUCGUAUUACAAAUUUGAUUAGGGAGCUGCUGAUUUCAUGGCAUUGAAAACUUACCCUGGAUGGUUAUCUCUGUAAUGCUGUUUUCUUUGAAUUUGUUACUUCUUUACGGUGUUUAGGGUAAUUUGAUGUCGGAACUCUGUUAGUUUC